AUGUCCGUGUAUUUGGACCAUAUUAACGAACAUUUCGAUGAGAUUACCAGUGAGGGGUCACAGUUCGAAUUACCCUUUAAUUGGUACGAUUGGGCGGAUUUAUCGUCAUUGAACGAUUUUAUCGAUAUGGAACCUGAGGAGAAAUUGGAUUGUUCCUUUGUGGUUCGUAAAUAUUUCCCUCUGGAAACGGUGAAGAAAUUAGAGACCAAGUUCAAGCGUAAGCUUUUUGAUUACGAUCGUUUGAAACCACUUGGGGUUCAGGCUUUCUUACAAAACACUAAAUUGAUCGAUCCCACUGUUUCUGAUCCAAUAGUCGAUAUCGAUGAACAUUGUGUUUCCAACAAUAGUCCAUUUUCGCCCGGGUUCAUGUCCAUCAAGACUCUAAAUUGGUCAAGACCAGAAGUGUACAAUUUGCAAGCCAGAUCCGUGUUAUACACCAACCCUUCUGCUCAACCGCUUUCGGUCACUUUCCUUAACAAUCAAAGUUCUUUGCAAGUUCCAGUAACAUCGGCUAACUCUGUGGGUAAAGAAGAAGAAGGAAGCCCAGAUCAAGAUUGGAAACCAAAUUCCAUAUUGUUCAAUGGGUUGUUACAAAAAUUCAUCGGGAAGUAUAAAAAAUCACCAAAAUUCGAUCCAUUUGCCAUUUGGUCUCAACUAUCUCCAAAGAUCAAGAAUUUCCAAUUCAACGGUGAAGGACAUCGUCGACUCCCAUAUAAGCUCGAAUUGAACGAAUCAUCUUUUGAAUUUAAUGCACUAGGAAGAUAUAACGAGUUGAAGGCCAAUGAAGCUAAUAUUUCUGCACAUCAAAGGCAUUACAUGGAAGCUUUAGAGCUUUCUUUGAAUACGCAUUACAUCGACCUAACGAAGUAUUUCACCGAAGCUUCUCAUGUCACGGAUAUGAUUCAUCUGGGUCAUCAUUACGAUGGAAGGUUCUUCCGUGGUGGAUUAUCUCAUAGUGAAGUUAGAGCCAGAUUGGAUGCCAUUAUUAGAGCCUGGUUGCAUUUCACUGUUUCCAAUGAUCUUACUGCAUGGUUAGCUCAUGGUACUUUGUACGGUUGGCUUUACAACGGAUUGGCGUUCACUUGGGAUGGUGAUCAUGACGUUCAAAUGCCUAUUGCUGAUUUAAACCGUAUGGCGAAAAAAUUUAACCAAACCGUUAUCGUUGAGGAUCCUACUAGAGGAAACGGUAGAUAUUUCCUCGACGUGGGUACCUUCAUCACUGCUAGGAACAAGGGGAACGGUUUGAAUAACAUUGACGCCAGAUUCAUUGACGUUGAUUCUGGUUUGUACGUUGAUAUCACCGGUCUUUCUGUAUCUUAUGAACCAAUUGCCGAUAGAUUCGAAUGGUUAGUCCACAAAUAUUUUAAUGAUUUGAAAACUGACCCAGAACAUAUGCCAUUCUACGAGGACCCUAACGUUGUUCCUAACGUCUCAGGGCUCAGCGUUCUGGAUAGAUUGAAGUAUGAAUUGGCAUUAAAUAAGACCGAAGGACAAUUGACAAGAGCAAGGCAUGAGUAUUUGUCUCGAAACAUCAAAGAAAGAGAUAAGAAAGAACUUUAUCAAUCAGAUUCGUUAAAGGAUAGGUACAACAUUAAUAAACAUGCUCAAGCUUACAAUUGUAGAAAUAAGCAUUUCCAAACUCUAUUCGAACUAUCUCCACUAAGGUUAACUUUUUUCCAUGGUGUUCCAGCAUAUGUACCAAACUUGGUCCUCAAGGAUUUAAAUGCAGAGUAUAAGGUCCCAAUUGAAAACGGUUACCAAUGUUAUGAAGGUGAAUGUUAUGUCCCUGAGUUAAGAGGCUGGUAUCCCGAGGGGAGAGUUAAACAGAUGGUAGAGUUGUUAGUGAAAAGUCCAAACUUGAAGAAAGUUUUCCCUGAGGAUGGAAUCAAGAAGCUCGAAAAAAACGAGUUUGAAUUGCUCCUAAUGGAAUUCUCGCAGGAUCCAAAACUUGAAGAGCUAUUCAUCUAUGCUGUCAACACUUUCCAAAUCACCGCGUUCAGACAACGUGAGUUGGAAUUCAUCUAUGAUGGUAAGAUGUUAAGCUAUGACAAGAAUAUGCUUUUGGAUGAAUUCAUUCAGAACAGGUACUUCAAUCCGGUCUUCAAAGACGUAUUCCUAAAGAAACAAGAUACGGCGAUCUGGAAUGAAUUCGUGGAGAAUACAGAUAUCCCAUACGGGCAGAUUGAUAAACUUUGGAGAGAAUUGAAAUUGAAGGUCGCUAGGCAAUUGUUCAAAUUGGACGAGAAGUAUGCGAAUUACAAAAUCGAUUGGGCUAACGAUGCAGGUUACCAAUCACCUGCAAGUCCAUUGAAUUUCAAUACUCGUGGUGAGAAAUUCUACAUCAUGGGUAAGAAAUGGAACAACAGACUCGUUGUCAGAGAUCCUGUGGACCUGGAUACUUCUAUCACUGAACAAUAUCAUUUAAGUGAUGAAAAGAAAUACACUAAGAAAAAAGACAAUUAA